UGGAUAAAAAUUAACUCUUGCGGGAACGGUAUUGAUCUUCCAUUUCACUUUUUUUCCUAAUAUGACGCUGACUGGGAAUAGAACUUCGAAUCCAAGUCGAAUUCAAAGCAUUCACGGAGGAUCAUAUCAUCGUGUAGCCCCCCUUUUUUUGCUUACAAGAUCUCUCAGCUUUCCUCCGUCUUCGGUCUCCUCAGAUUCUCAACCCAUCUUCGAUCGAUUCCGGUCCCAUUUUUAGGGUUGAUUACAAUUACAAUAGGAGGGGUUGAUUCUUCUUCAAUUUCCAGGCUUCCAUCUUAGCUCAUUAUUUUCAGCCCCUGUUUUCCGAUCGUAGAUAGAUAAUGUGAAAGAUCCGAUCUUUCAUCGAGCGAUUGAACAGAAGAUGUCAAGAAGGGGAAUUGGGACUAUCAGUUUUGAUUGGCAGAAUGUCAAUCUUCUAGGACGCGAAUACCGAUUCGGCAGGAUCAUAGAUUCAUAUUCAGUGGCCUGCGAAGCUUUUUCCGAACAUCUGUUUCUCUGAUCCUUAUUUUCCUUCCCAGUUCCCUUUUUUCUUGCUUGAUUCUUUGAAAAGUUUGAGUUUUCCUUUAUAGUUCAGAUGGAUUUGGGGGCAUCGGGGUUUGUUUUUCCUUUGAAAACUAACAGAAAGAUGGAAACUUCUGAUGACGACGUUGCUGAAGUAUCUUCGGACAAUCGAUACGUUCGGUAUAAUGAAAUCUUGGGAAGAGGAGCAUUUAAGAUUGUCUAUAAAGCGUUCGAUGAAAUGGAAGGAAUUGAGGUUGCUUGGAACCAAGUCAGUAUUGAUGAGGCAAUGCAGUCAUGUGCAAAUAUGGAGAGGUUAUAUUCUGAGGUUCACCUGUUGAGGACAUUGAAACAUGAGAACAUCAUAAAGUCACUUGACUCCUGGGUUGAUGAUCAGAACAAAACAAUUAAUAUUAUCACAGAGUUAUUCACUUCUGGAAGCUUGAGGCAAUAUCGAAGGAAACAUAAGGCUGCUGACAUAAAGGCCAUCAAGAAUUGGGCUAGGCAAAUUCUUAAAGGCUUAAAUUAUCUCCACAGUCACAACCCACCUAUCAUUCAUAGAGACCUCAAGUGUGAUAAUAUAUUCAUCAAUGGGAAUCAUGGUGAAGUUAAAAUAGGAGAUCUAGGAUUGGCUACAAUAAUGCAACAACCUACUGCAAAAAGUGUUAUUGGAACUCCUGAGUUCAUGGCACCUGAGCUUUAUGAUGAAGAGUACAAUGAACUUGUUGACAUUUAUUCAUUUGGUAUGUGCUUGUUAGAGCUCAUAACACUUGAAUAUCCCUACAGUGAGUGCAGAAAUCAAGCACAAAUCUAUAAAAAGGUUACUUCGGGUAUAAAACCUGCAGCUUUGGAUAAAAUUGUGGAUCCUGAAUUAAGGCAGUUCAUAAAGAAGUGCUUGGUACCAGCAUCUGAACGUUUAAGCGCUUCACAGCUUUUGAAAGAUCCAUUUCUUUCAUGCGCCACUACUAGUUCAAAGGAACCCCUGCCCGACGUCAUGCAGAACUCAAAUGUAAUGUCGAAGUCUGACACUCUCUCAAUGGAAAUAGACCCCACCUCUAGAAAGUUAUCCAAUGUUGCUUAUGUAGAAAGCAUGACUGAAAUUCCCCAAACUUCCGAGCUUCUAAGAUAUAAUGGGAAAAACGAGUUUCAGUUGAUAGGGGAGAAAAAUGAUAAAAGUUCCAUUUCCUUCCGUCUGCGCAUUACUGACAAUAAUGGUAAAGUGAGGAAUAUCCAUUUCAUGUUUUACCUUGAUCACGACACUACUGUCUCAAUUGUUGAGGAGAUGGUUGAACAACUUGAGUUGCCAAAUGAAGAUGUGGCCUUAAUAGCCGAUAUGAUUGAUUGCUUAGCUUCAAAAAUUGUACCAAGUUGGAAACCCUCAUCAGGAACUGGCCAAGAAUCUACUGAGCAGCAGCGUAUCUUUUCUCAUGCACCGUCAGAAGGAGGGAAUAAUAUUAACAAUAUUGAAGAGUUAUUCAAGGUGAAGUUAUCUUCUUUAUAUGAUGAUGGAGUAUCAACCACACUUAGUGAGCAUAAAAAAUACUUAACAUCGAUCUCCUCAACUGGGUCAUGGGAUGCCAUAUCUAAUGAUAUGAAUGGUGUGUGUGUUUCCUCGCUCUCUGUAGCUGACAUGGAUGAUGGUAAAGAACAAUGUUAUGAUCUAAAGAUGGAGAUUGAUGCCAUUGACAUGCAUUAUCAUCAAUGCUGUCGAGAACUUAUGCGGAUGAGGGAGGAGGCAAUUGAAAGUGCUAAACGGAAAUGGAUCGCAAAAAAGAUUUGUGCCACUUGAUAUGAUGCCUUCAUUCGUACUAGAGUUUGUGUAGUUUGUGUUACUUCUGUUGGUUUUCUUUCUACCAAAAGGAGGAAAUAUUUUUGCUUCCUCCUGAUUAUACAAAUUGUUGUGUUUUAUUUUCGCCUACCGCCCCGUGCCUCCCAGAUUUGUUUAAAAAAAUAUAGAGUAUAUACUUGUUUUUGCCAUUAUUGACAAUUGGCAGUUAGUUUUUUCAAGAGAAUGAGGAUGUUCUCUCAAACUAUAUUUAAUUGUAUGUGUACAUAAAUAAACAUUUUCAAGUUUUCACUUCAAAUAAUUUGUAUUUUGUAUGGAAACCGUUUCUCA